AACAGGACACCCGUUAGAACGACCGUCGUAGCACUAGCCAAGCGCAGAGUGAAGCCAGUACGUGUAUAGAGUUGCCGGGGAGUGGUUUAUAACGCUGUCGCUUCUUCUCGAUAUCAAAGAAAAUACAAUAAUCGGAUUAGCGUGAGAACUCGAGAAUGCGUGUCCUAAGAUUAUCGAUAGUGGGCCUGCAUCAAAUCACACGAAAUUAUUCAGGUAUGAGCGGAAAUCAGGAUUACAAGUCGGCCAAGUCGAUUUACGACUUUACUGUCAAGUCUAUAAAAGGGGAAGACGUCCCACUGACCAAAUACGAAGGGCACGUGUGUCUCAUUGUCAAUGUGGCCUCCAAAUGCGGCCUCACAGCUACCAAUUACAAAGAACUGAAUGAGCUGUAUGACAAAUAUGCUGAAACUAAAGGUUUACGCAUUUUGGCUUUCCCAUGCAAUCAGUUCAACGGACAAGAACCUGGUGGUAGUGAUGAUAUCUGUAGCUUCGCUGACAGGCAAAAGGUGAAGUUUGAUCUCUUCGAGAAAAUCGACGUCAACGGCGACAACGCACAUCCCCUCUGGAAGUACCUGAAGAAGGAGGCAGGUGGUACUUUGGGAAGUUUCAUCAAAUGGAAUUUUACGAAAUUCAUUGUCAACAAGGAAGGAAAGGUCGUUGAACGACACGGACCAACUGUAGAGCCGAGUAAACUCGUCUCCAAUUUGGAAAAAUACUUCUAAUCGAUCAUCCUCUAAGUGUCACAGUUGCAAAGAAGAGUUUUCAUAAGCUUUACAGCACAUUUUUACAAUGCAAUGUAUCAAUUUUAUAAUCACGAGUCCACUACUGAUAGUUUAUUAGCAAAUUGGAAAUUCACAAGAUGAAAAGGAAGAGAACAAUUGUGAUAAGCACAUAAGCACUGAAAUAUACAGUAUAUAGGUUAACGUCUCUAGUAGUUUCUCGUGUCACGGUGAAGAAUAAAACCAAUAUCGUACACUCGA